CGGAACUGUUGACCUUUGAGGAGACGCGGCCGAUUCGCCUCCUGUGGCACCUGCCUUGCACCCCUGUGGCACCUGCCCCCGGGCCUCCCUCAGACGACAGUUCUAGCCCCACAUGCCCUGCGAAGAACCCAUGUCAGUGAACGAGGCUUGCGAGGUCUAUCAGGCUACUGGUCCCAUUUGGAGUGUUGGCAACCCGUCCUGAGGUAGAGGAGCGGAAUAUUUUGGCAUUGGGAAAUAUUUUCAGGGGUUGAGAAGUAAAGGACAAUGUCAGGGUCUGAAGCAGCAGCAAUACAGGUACUGACUCGUGCGGUGCAGCUUGAUGGGGAAAAGAAAUUUGCUGAGGCUUUAGCAUGCUAUGAACAAGGCAUUAGACUACUCCUGCAAGCAGCUAAAGAAGUCAAAGAUGAAACAAAACGUAGUCACUUCAAGAAAAAGACAGAAGAGUACCUGGAACGAGCAGAAAUAAUGAAAGAGGCGGUAAAUAAACAAAAAGAAAUUGGACGCACCCACAGACAAAUUCAAAUUGAAGAUGGUGACACAGGCUACAGUUAUGAGACUAUUUUUAGUCCUCUCAUAGACAAAACUUUAUCAAGUGUGGUCGUAGUGGACGCAUACAUACGGUCAACUCACCAGAUCUACAACUUUCUGCACUUUUGUGAGUUGUUUGUCCGUAAAGCAGAAUGCCUGAAGUCAAUCACAUUGCAGACGACCCAAGACCCAGUUGAUCCUGGGUGAGAUGUGACGUGUUUUUGUCUGUGUGCAUGCAUCUGUGUAUAUUUGUGCUCAUGUGA